AUGCCUUCUGCUCGUGACAGACUCGCCGAGCUAAGGGCCCUCCGUGCCUCUGGGAAAAAGCGCCUCUCCACAUACGAAGUCGAGGAGCAAGAAGAUAUCUAUGAAGAGGUCGAUGACGACGGCUAUAAGAAGAUUAUCCGCGGUCGACUCGACGAGGACGACUUCGUCGUUGACGACAACGGCGCCGGCUAUGCAGACGACGGUCGGGAAGUGUGGAACGAACGAGCACCUGAAUACGAUAGCGACGACAGUGAUGGAUUGCCUGCGCGCGGCAAGGCCGCCAAACGGAAGCGUGAGGAGGAGAAACAGCGCCAAGAGAAGAUGAAUAACGGUAUCUCCAAAUACUUUAACAGUGGCAAUGCUGCUGUAGCUACUGCGGCCAAGCCCAAGCCAGUUGCGACUGCUGAAGACGAUGCUUUCAUGGCAGACCUCCUCGGAGAAGUGGAUACGAAUGUCGUCUCUAAUCGUCCCCCUACGAGAAACAUUGUCAAAUCGGAAGCCCGGCGGAAAGUUCGCGUCCUCUCCCCGCCCACCCUUCAGAAACAGCACCGGGAGAACAUUGGAGCAGGAGAUGAGAACCAUGUCCCAAGCUCCCCACCGAAGCAUCAGCCAGCAUUCAAUUCCGACGAUGAUCUCGAUGAUGGCCCACUCCCUGCAGUGGAAGAUGAUGACAUCUCCAUGGGUGAUCCGAUGCCCUCCUCUCCUAUAAGUAAGGCCGUGGAGCGCAAGAUUGUCGUUCCGGUCAAAAAGGAAGAACCAGACGAAGAGGAUAUCGACAUGAUGGACAUCGCGGAAGCCACGGUAUCUGCCAGCACUAAGACCGCAAACGUCAAUAUCACAGGAAGUCGUCCUCCUCCAAAGAUCAAGAAGGAGGAGCCCACCACACCUGCGAAGUCUUCGCCUACCAAACCUAUGACCGAGCUAUUGGAUGCAUCUUGGAACGACGUGAGAAACAAGUUGAACGUUCUGAGCAGCCCAGCACCGGAGAUGCGUUCUUUUGGAAAGCUGCGUGCCCAGGAUGUUGUCGAGGAGGAUGGUAGCUUGCGAUUCUUCUGGAUGGACUACACUGAGAUCAAUGGGAGUCUGUGCUUGUUUGGAAAGGUGAAAAACAAGCAAAAUGACUCGUACACCAGUGCCUUUGUCAAAAUUGACAACAUCCUUCGAAAGCUCUACUUCCUUCCUCGUGACCAGCGAUUCAAGCAAGGCAGAGAAACAGAGGAGGAAGUUGGAAUGGAGGACGUCUACCAAGAAGUGGAUCAAAUGAUGUCCCGGAUGAAGGUCGGCAUGCACAAGAUGAAGCCUUGCAGUCGAAAGUACGCAUUUGAGAUGCGCGGGGUGCCCAAGGAGGCAGAUUACCUGAAGCUUCUCUAUCCAUACGACAAACCAGCGAUCCCAAUGGAGGUCAAGGGCGAAACUUUCUCUCACGUGUUUGGUACAAAUACUUCCCUCUUUGAGCAAUUUGUCCUGUGGAAGAACAUCAUGGGCCCUUGCUGGCUCAAGAUUGAUGAGGCCGACUUCUCUGCCGUGAACAAUGCAUCCUGGUGCAAAUUUGAAUGUCAAGCAGCCAAGCCGGCACUUAUUACGCCUGUUCCAGAAACAGAGAACAUGGAGACGCCACCUUUGACCCUCAUGUCUCUUUCCUUCCGAACUCAACUUAAUGUGAAGGAGAACAAACAGGAGAUCUUGAUGGUAAGUGCCCGAGUAUAUGAGAACAUCUCGCUCUCGGAUACGACACCGCCAGAGAAACUCCCUUGUAAGACAUUUACCGUGAUGCGCCCCUCUGGCCAAUCAUAUCCCAUGCACUUUGAGGCCGAAUGCCGAAAACAGCGAGGUACAAUCAUGCUUGAGAAAAGCGAACAGUUCCUUCUCAGCAAGUUUUUGGCCAUGUUUGAAAAGAUGGACCCGGAUGUGAUUAUGGGCCACCAGUUGCAGGAUGUUGACCUUGGCAUCCUCCUCAACCGCCUCCGAGAAAAGAAAACCCCUGGAUGGCAUAGAGUCGGCCGACUCAAGCGUGGCGAUUGGCCAAAAAACUACAAUAAGAACAGUGGCUUCUUUGCUGAGAGGCAACUCAUUGCUGGUCGAUUGAUGUGUGAUCUUGGAAACGAUAUGGGCAAGUCUUUGAUGAUGAAAUGUCAGUCCUGGAGCUUGACAGAAAUGUGUCAGCUUUAUCUUGGUGAGGGUAAUACCCGCCAGGACUUAGAUGUCGAAGCAGCUUUGAAGUCCUGGGCCUCAACCAAGGAUGGUUUGAUGAAUUUUGUCAACCACUGCGAUACCGAUACCUAUUUCAUGGCUGCCCUGGUUCUGCGUCUGCAGAUGCUCCCUCUUACCAAGGUCCUGACAAACAUUGCCGGUAACUCGUGGGCGCGCACCCUCAGUGGUACUCGUGCAGAGCGAAACGAGUACAUUCUGCUUCACGAGUUCCACCGCAACAAGUAUAUUUGUCCCGACAAGUAUUCCUCCCGCUUACAGAAGGCCGAAGAAAAGAUGAACGAGGAUGAAGAUAAUGCAGGCGACAAGAAAAAGAAGGACAAAUUCAAGGGUGGUCUCGUUUUCGAGCCCGAGAAAGGUCUCUAUGACAGGUUCAUCUUGGUCAUGGACUUCAACAGUUUGUACCCUUCGAUUAUUCAGGAGUACAAUAUCUGUUUCACCACGGUGGAUCGGAAUGCUACGGCCGAAAAUGAAAAUGAGGAGAGCGUUCCCGAGGUUCCUUCUUCAGACCAAGACCAGGGCAUUCUGCCAAAGCUCAUUGCAACAUUGGUCGGUCGUCGACGUGAGGUGAAAAAAUUGAUGAAAGACAAGCGUGCCACGCCCGAGCAGCUCGCUCUGUGGGAUACAAAGCAACUUGCCUUCAAGCUGACUGCCAACUCCAUGUACGGUUGCUUGGGAUACACGCAAAGUCGAUUCUAUGCUCGCCCCCUGGCAAUGCUCACCACGUUCAAGGGUCGUGAAAUUUUGCGAAGCACCAAGGAACUGGCUGAGAGCAGACAGCUCCGAGUUAUCUAUGGUGAUACCGACUCUGUCAUGAUUAACACGAACAUGGAAACUAUUAGCGAGGCGCUUCAGGUCGGUGAGGAGUUCAAGAAAAUGGUCAAUGAGCGCUAUAAGUUGCUAGAAAUUGAUAUCGAUAAUGUCUUCCGCCGUCUACUCUUGCACGCCAAGAAGAAGUACGCCGCUGUGAAUUUGACAGAAGUCGAUGGCAAGUACGUUGAGAAGCUGGAGGUCAAAGGUCUGGACAUGAAGAGACGUGAAUACUGUGCGCUCUCUAAAGAGGUGUCGUCCAAGCUUCUGAACGAGAUCCUUUCUGGCGAAGAUCAGGAACUGGUUCUCAACAAUGUUCACAACUACCUGCGCGAGCUUGCAGACAAGAUGAAAGACUUUGCGAUUCCGAACCAGAAAUAUGUCAUCUACACGAAACUUUCCAAACGACCCGAGGAGUAUCCAAACAAGGAGACAAUGCCUCCGGCGCAAGUUGCUCUCCGAGAUAUUGCCCGAGGCAAAACCAUUCGACCAAACGACGUCAUUUCGUACAUUGUGACGAGUGGCGACGCGGAGACUUCUUCUCUCGCACCAGCCAAACGAUCGUAUAGUCCUCAGGAUGUGUUGAAACCCAACUCAGGUCUCAAGCCUGACAUUGAAUUCUACCUGCUCAAGCAAAUCUUCCCUCCCAUUGAGCGUUUGUGUGCCCCGAUCCCGGGAACCGACGCCGUCCGUCUCGCUGAAUGCCUUGGACUCGACACCCGCAAGUAUCAGAUCAACACCUCUAGUUCCAAUAGCCAACAGAAUGCGGAGAUCUUCCCGCUGGAGUCACAGAUUCCAGACUCGGUCCGCUUUGCCAACGCCGAGCGGCUGGUUUUGAUGUGCCGAUACUGCAAGGAACAGUCGGUGUUUGAGGGGUUGGCGGGUUCCCCAGAUAUGUGCACUGCAAAUGGCAUCAUUUGCCCCAACCAAGCCUGCCAAAAGCCCUUUGCGGUCAUCACUAUUGUCGCACAGCUGGAACACCAGAUUCGUGAGCAGACCGAUCGAUACUACGAUGGUUGGUUGGCCUGUGAUGAUUCGGCCUGUGGCAAUCGCACACGGCAAAUCAGUGUCUAUGGACAUCGUUGUCUGGGACCAAAGGGCCACGCUGAAGGUUGCUCAGGUCGCAUGGCGUACGAGUACUCGGAGAAAGACAUGUAUAACCAGCUGCUGUAUUUUGCCGGUCUGUUUGACGUGGACAAAGCUCAAACCGCCACCACCAAGGAGUCUGGUGAAACCAAGGACAGCAUUUUCGCUUUGGCUGAAUUCAAUCGAACUCGUUUCGAAACAAUUGGAGAGGUUGUAGACGGCUACCUGAAGAAGUGUGGUCGGCAAUGGGUUGAGAUGGAUACCCUGUUCCAGUUCAUGAUACAAUAA